CAUGUACGAGUUCAAGGCGGACAACGCGGGCACGCACUGGUGGCACUCCCACACGGGGUUGCAGCUGGGCGACGGCCUCCACGGCGCCUUCAUCGUUCGGGAGCCACCGGAGACGGAUCCGCACUCCGCCCUGUACACAGAGGACCGCCACGUGAUGGUGAUAAACGACUGGCCUGACCCGCCACAGAUGUAUCGCUACAUGGAAGAGAUGCAGGAUCAGUGGAUUGUCCCCAUGCCAAUAAAUGUUCUCGUGAACGGACGUGGUCGGAAACACCUGGUGUCCCCUCCGGUAAACUCGACUUACAACGCCACCUAUACGCCUUUCCAGCGGUUUACGGUCUACCCCGAUACCAGGUACCGUUUUCGAGUGAUAGCUGCAGCCACCCGCUGCUUCUUCCGGUUGAGUGUCGACAGCCACCCGAUGAUGGUCAUCGCCUCCGACGGCGUCCCGAUAAAAUCGGCUACGGUGGAGUCUCUCAUCAUUCAUCCAGGUGAGAGAUACGAUUUCGUUUUGCACACCAUGGAUAACCCUUCCGGAAGCUUCUGGAUCCGGAUCGAGGCUCUAGGGGACUGUAAGCCCGCUUCCGGUCACGGGGCCGCCAUUUUGUAUUACGAAACUUGCGAGAUUUGCAACGAAAACAUACCACUUCCGGUCGGUGAUCCGUUUGCGUUUACAUACACAGGCCUGGUAAUGAAUCCAGAGAUCGAUAUCUUAACGGCUCACACUGGAAACAACUUGCACCUUAGCGAUCUUCGAUACGAAACCUCUUCGGACGAAAACUAUACAACAGAGACCGUACACUCCCGCCACUACCUACAUCUCCGUUACCAGACCAACGACAACUCCCACUAUAGUCAUCCUACUUUGUAUCCCCAGUCAUCGAGAAUGGGAUUGCUAACGCCGACCAUUAACAAUAUAACAAAUUUCAUUCCUGCCAUCCCAUUGGCCACGCAAUGGGAUGACGUCAAAGACAAGCGUUUCUGUAAUGCGUCGACGCUGGAUACCACCAACGACUGUAACAAUGAUCUCUGCCACUGCACGCAUUUACUAGACGUACAACUCGGCCAGGUGGUCGAGUUGUUCAUGUACUCGCAGUCAGAGGAUCCCCACCAGAUGCAUCUCCAUGGUUACAGCUUCCGGGUACUUGGCAGCGGAUGGGUUCACAAUGCAACUUAUCCGGACGCUUACCAAACGAUUACAAUGGAUGACGUCAUCAACCGAGAUAAAGCGGGAGAAUUCCCGAGAAACCUCGUGAAUCCCGUGUACAAGGACACAGUGACUGUCGGCAGCAAGGGUGGUUACGCGAUUAUACGCUUCAAGGCAGAUAACCCAGGUAUUUGGCUCUUCCAUUGCCACAACGAGGGACACAUGAUGCAGGGAAUGGCCCUUGUCUUCAAAGUGGGAAACACCAACCAGUUUCCGGUUCCGCCAGCUUACUUUCCCGUCUGCGGGAAAACAAUCACCGACAUGCAGACGAAAAAUCUCCACCCUACUUCCGCUUCUGACGGCUUGAACACCUGCGCUUUUAUCUUCGGUUUUGCACUGUUGUACAAAUAUGUUUGCUUUGAUUUAAUUUGAAUGCUUAGACUAAGAACGUGUCUGCGUAUCGUUAAUUGUUGGCAUACCUUAAAUAUGUCGUAACUAUCUUAAUGUAUGGUUUGUGUGGUGUUGUGGAUUAUUUUAUACCCCAUAGGGUUUACUCUGGAUGCUAAGAGGGCCGUAGCGCUUAACUUAACGAGAGCGCAAAUGGCGUUGACAGUCUAUUUGCAAGAUACAGGGAAGUUUCUGCUGAAGUAAAUGUUCAAGGAUACGUUUUCUGAAUGAAAAUGUAAAAGGCUAUCAAAAAGAUUUUUAUGCAGGACAAAAAUAUUGACAAGUAAUCAAAGUACUCUACCUCGC